CCCCACUUUUCACAAAAACAAACAUGUGUUUCAUCAAAUCAUGUGAAAGUGGGUGUUUCUCCAUGUCAAUAACAGACGAGAGUUUCCUGCUGGAAAUGAGAUACGAGGCAAAGCUUGCAUUCUCUUUGUCUCCAUCCACAGGAUAAGGAGUGUGUGGAUUUCUCACAUAGUUCUAGAACAAAAUGUUUGCAGCAAGUUCAUUUCACACAGAUGCAUGGUAUGAGUAGGAAACGUCCACAUUACAGGACACCAGAUGGCUUGUGUUCAAGUUUAUUUGUGCUCCAACCCUGAAGACUCUGUGGUCGAGAGGACGUUAAUAAGGCAGAAAGUCUUUCCCAGACUGAGGGAAUACUGCAGAUCUACAUACGGACUCGACUUCAGAGUUAUUGACCCGUAUGAAGCCACAAAGCCCAAAAACUGGCCUACGCAGCAGGAGCGACUGCGUAUACUGGAGGACUGCUGGAACAAUUCUCUACACUCUUUCUUUGUGGGGUUGGUAGGUGAACAAUAUGGAGAUGCUUGUUUACCUGAGCAGGUCGAGGCCUCAGAGUUUCAGCUUAUUCUCCAGGUAUGCCAGCGCAUGGGCUUUAAGACUGACGUUCUGGAGAAAUGCUACCGGAGAGAUGAAAAUACCAUUCCUCCCUCAUUCUGUAUGCUUGAGCCUUCAAGACGAUGUAAACAAACCAGUGUCCAGCAAGAGAAUCCAACUGAGGAGAAAAACUGGUGCAAGGUUUUUCCAGAGGUGAGGAGGAUCCUCCAUGAUGUUGUGAACCAGUGUAUACAAGAGGGGACUUUGGCACUUGAGAAAGCACAAAAAUAUUUCCAAUCAUGGAAGUAA